AUGAGUAAAUCAAACAAAAAGAAUGGUUCCAGAGCUAAUGGUAAUAAAAUUGCAACUCCAAAAUUAGAAACUGUUGCUUCAUCUCCUGAAUUUCCUCCAAAAGAAGAAACAAUUAAUACAAGGGUCUCUAUUAGAAGAUCAUCGAAUUCACCAAGUUUAACAGAUAUUGCAGAAGGUAAACUGGACAAUAAAUCAUUAAAAUCAGCCAAAUCAGAAGUUAUUUCAAUUGAAGAAAAAGUUGAUCCAAAGGAAAAAGUAAACGAAGAACCAGUUAUUGUUGAUAAACCAAAAGCUAAGAUUCUUGAAUAUACUCCUCUUUCUGAAAUCUACGCUGGUGUUGAAAAAGUUACAAAGUUCUUCCAUACUGGCACCACCCAUUCCAUUCAAUUUAGAUUAAAUCAAUUAAGAAAUUUAUAUUUCAUGAUUAAAGAUAAUCAGCAAGAAAUUUGUUAUGCUUUAGAAUUAGAUUUUAAUAGAAAUUCAUCCGAAACUAGAAAUUAUGAAAUUUCAACUGGUCUCAAUGAAUUAAUAUUCACAAUGUCACAAUUACAUAAAUGGUCAAAACCAGAACCAGUAAGUGAUUUACCAUUAAAUUUACAAACACAACCUGUUUAUGUUGAAAAAAUCCCCAUUGGAGUUAUAUUAGUAAUUGCAGCUUUUAAUUAUCCAUUCUUUGUUUCAAUUUCACCUAUUGUUGGUGCUAUUGCAGGUGGUAAUACUGUUGUUUAUAAACCAUCAGAAUUAACUCCCAAUUUUUCAAAAUUAUUUACUAAGUUAUUAACAGAAUCAUUACCUUCUGAUUUAAUCUAUAUUGUAAAUGGAGAAAUACCAGAAACUACAGAAUUAUUGAAUCAAAAAUUUGAUAAAAUUAUAUUUACAGGUUCCGGUAUCGUUGGUAAAAUAAUUGCUAGAAAGGCAGCUGAAACUUUGACUCCUGUAGUAUUAGAAUUGGGUGGUAAAUCACCAGCUAUAAUUCUAGAUGAUGUACAAGAUAAAGAUUUGAAAACAAUUGCUAGAAGAAUUGCAUGGGGUAGAUUUGUGAAUGCUGGUCAAACUUGUAUUGGAGUUGAUUAUGUAUUGGUACCAGAAACAAAACAUGAAAAAUUUAAAAAAGUAUUGAUUGAAAUUGUUAAUGAAUUUUUCCCCAAUGUGAAUAAAGAAGAUAAGGGAUACACUCAUUUGAUUCAUAAUAGAGCUUUUAAGAAAAUGGAAAAAAUAAUUAAUACAACUAAUGGCAAUAUUAUCCAUGGUGGUGAUUUAGAUUCAGAUUCAAAUUAUGUUGCUCCAACAAUUGUAGAUAAUGUAAAUUGGACUGAUUCAACAAUGAAAGAUGAAAUUUUUGGUCCUAUAUUACCUAUUAUAACAUAUACUGAUAUAAACAAUACUUGUGAUGAAAUAAUUAACAACUGUGAUACUCCAUUAGCUGCUUAUAUAUUCACUAGUAGUUCAACAUCAGAUAAAUAUAAUAAACAAUUGGCAAUAAUAAAAUCAAAAAUUAGAUCAGGUGGCUUAAUUAUUAAUGAUGUAUUAAUGCAUAUUGCUUUACAUAAUGCUCCAUUUGGUGGAGUUGGUCAAUCCGGUUAUGGUUCAUAUCAUGGUAAAUAUAGUUAUAGAACUUUUACUCAUGAAAGAACAACAAUUGAACAAAGUUUAUGGUCUGAAUUCAUGUUGAAAUCAAGAUAUCCUCCAUAUUCAAAUAAAAAAGAUACUUUAAUCAAAACUUCUCAACAGAAUUAUAAUGGUAACGUUUGGUUUAAUAGAAAUGGUCAAGUUGAUUUAGAAGGUCCUGGUCAUUUAUUCACCGCUUGGAACUCAGUUACUGGUGUAUUAAAUUUAGUUUAUAAAUUUGCAACUAAAUAG